AUGCCCGAGAGAACCGAAUCGACUGUGUUACUCAAUGAGAUCACCCAAUAUCGUGUGUAUAAAAUUCGAUGGAUUCAAUUAAUUGUUUACAUUUUAUCCACAUUCACCAAUGCAAUCAGCGGAAUGACAUUCGCUCCGAUCGAAUCGCAAACAUCGACAUUCUUCCACAUCACAUCCACCCAAGUCAACACCUUAGCAAUCGUUUUUUUGUUUCUCUAUCCAGUCGGUACGAUCAUUUCCAUCUGGUUAUCUAGAAAACUGUCCAUGCGAAUGACGAUGAUCAUCGGCGGAUUGUUAAAUCUUGGUAUUUUCAUUCGUUUGUUGUCGUUGAUCACUCCAGAAUAUGGUUAUGCAGCAUUACUCGUCGGUCAAAUCUUUCCUGCGUUAGCCGCACCAUUCUUUUUGAAUUCGACUGCUUUAUUCGCUGCACGUUGGUUUGCUCCAUCGCAACGUGAUAUCGCCACAGCGAUCUGCUCGAUGGCGAAUCCUAGUGAAACAAAUCUUAGAUUAUAUCAAACAAUUUCAUAUUGUUUAACUGUAUGGCCAUCAAAAUGGCAAGUUGUCGAAAAUGAAUACGAUCAAAAAUUUACUUUUGCUGCACUUUAUGAACAAGGUGUUACUAGUGAAGAAUUGUAUUUCUGGUCAGCGUCGAUGAAACUUAUUGAAGAUUACCAAGAAUAUUAUAAUCAACGUUCAAUGAAAUUGAACGAAAUCAAAGAACCAUCUACAAUAUUUUAUAAAUGUGCAUUACCUUAUUUUGGACCAAAAUGUCAAUAUUCAUUAGAUACAUAUCGAUUUUCUCAUAAUCUAUUAAGUGAAUUAGUUUAUGAAUACUAUAAGAACAAAUACCGAGCAACAACUCGCACGUGUUAUACAGAUUUAAAAUGUGAUCGUGGUUUAUCAUCGCUAUGUCUUGGUUGGUAUGAGAUAUGUGAUGGUAUCGUUGAUUGUUUCAAUGAAGGCAUUGACGAAAAAUAUUGUUGGGAACUUAACUUUAAUGUGUGUAAUGAGAAUGAAUAUCAAUGUAAAAAUGGUCAAUGUAUUCCGAUGGACUUUUUUCAAGACUAUUCCUAUGAUCAUAUUGAGUGUCUUGAUGCAUCUGAUAGAUAUUAUACUGAUAAAUUCAUUCUAAUCAAACCUAUUACGUCUGAUCCAACGUUUUAUAACGAAGAUAUACAAUAUAUUCGAUAUAAACAUGCACGUUCAACUAUAUUAAGAAAUAUGGAGUUAUUAACAGCAGAAAUAUUUAUUGAAACACCAAGUUCAAUAACCGAUGAUUGUUGGUUAGCAUUCAAGUGCCAUUACGAUAUUAUAAAACAAUCUGAUCCAGCAUGUGAUGAAAAGCCUUUUAAUAUAUCAUUUCUUGAUAUCAUCAAUAUGACAUGUCCACAACAAUUUCUAAUACCAGCAACACCUAUUGCAUAUACACAUAUUUAUUUUCUUUAUGAUAAAGUUAUUUUGAAAUCAAAUGAUAUGUUUACACCUCAUUAUAUCUGUUAUGAUAAACGAUAUUGUGAUGGUUUUUUAUCAAAUCGAACAGUGAUUUCAUUUAAUAAUCUUACAUGUCGAAAACCUGAAGAUUUUCCGAUAUUCUUUAUUACUGAACACAUUAAUUCAAAAAUGACAUAUUAUAUUGACGAAAUAUAUAAACAACUUUAUCAAUGUAAUACAAUGUUUUAUAAUAAUUCAGCAAUAUGUGAUAAUUCUAAAAUGUAUCAAUGUUUGAAUUCAUCAAAAUGUAUUUCUAUUGAUCAAUUAUGUGAUGGUAUUGUUGAUUGUAAUAAUCAUGAUGAUGAAGAUUGUUCAUUAAUUAAUGAUACCUGUAAGAAAAGACAGUUUAAAUGUGUAAUAAGUAAAAAAUGUAUUUCAAUUCAUUUGGUUGAUAAUGGUAUUUGUGAUUGUAAUUCGCCUUCAAUAGAUACAUGUACAGAUGAAACAGGCAUAUGGUAUGAUCAGAAAGAUGAUAUUCCAUAUCGUUUUAUUUGUGAUGGCUAUCCACAUUUAGAACCUGUUCUUAUUGAUAAUCAAUAUGAAACAGAUGAGACUGAAUGUGAUUAUUGGGAAUGUAAUAAUAUUUAUACACGAUGUAAUUCUAAGUGGAAUUGCUGGAAUGGUGCGGAUGAAAUCAAUUGUAAUCCAGAUAUAAAAUGUCCAUUGAAUUUCCAUCAAUGUAUUUCACCAGAAACAUUUAAAUUAGGAUGUUUACCGUUAGAAAAGGCAAACGAUGGUCAAAUUGAUUGUGUUGGUGCUACUGAUGAACCAAAACUAUGUCGAUUGAAAGAAUCAGUACCAUUGAAAAAUUUCUACUGCAAAAAUGAUACUUGUAAAUAUUCUCACGAAUUAUGUAUGCAAAAUAAUCGAUGUCUCAAUGGAGAAGAUAAACAACUUUGUUCUCUGUUUGAAAAUAUUUCCAAAAUCGAAUCUAUUUGUGAUUAUAAAUAUGAAUCAAUUUAUACGGACGAACAUAAUUUUAUUUGCACACGACUCGAGGAAGAUUAUGAGCUCCAAGGCUCUUAUUUUCUACUGGAACACAUGGAUUUUCCAAAGAAAGGUUCAACUGAACAAAUCGAAACAACCUCAAUGAUAAUAAAACAUGAUCGUGCCUUUUCAAUUACGCGUUCAAAUGAACAACGCUGUCAUCGUGGACUUCCUUUACAUGUUCGAUUGGCUAGUAAAAACAAAACAUCAGUAGAAGCAUGCCUUUGUCCACCGAGUUAUUAUGGUGAAACAUGUCAAUAUGAUCGACAACGUGUUAGUUUAACGUUACAAUUUAAAGUUCAUUCUGAUUCUCGACGAGUAUUAUUUACUUUUAUAGUGUCGUUAAUUGAUAACGAUAAUAAUGAACGAACAAUUUAUUCAUAUGAACAAAAUACAUACUUUUAUUUUAAAGAUUGUUCAAACAAAUAUAAUAUUUAUUUAUUACAUCCAACAUAUUCCUAUACAAAAAAUUAUUCAAUACAUAUUGAUGUUUAUGAAAAGAUUUCUUUGAUAUAUCGUGGAAGUUUUUAUAUUCCAAUUAAGUAUCGUUUCUUGCCUAUUAAUCGCAUCGCUGUUCAAUUGACUAUUCCAAGUAAGACGUAUCAGAUAAAAAGAUGUUCAGAUCAAUUAUGUCAACAUGGUCACUGCUAUUAUUAUAUAAAUGAUGGAGGAAAUCGGACAUUUUGUCAAUGUCAUCAAGGAUGGCAUGGAAAAUAUUGUACAAUUCCUCAUACUUGUCAAUGUUCAUUGAAUUCAUCAUGUAUUGGUGUAACGGCUAAUAAUCAAUCUGUAUGUGUUUGUCCAAUCAAUAAAUGGGGUGCUCGUUGUUUUCUUCAUAGUAAUCCAUGUGGCUCGGAAGAACAGAAAUUGUGUCUUAAUGACGGUCAAUGUAUACCCCUUGAUAAACAAUUACAAUUGAGUAAAACUUAUUAUUGUUUAUGCCGAAAAGGGUUUCGUGGAGACAAUUGUGAAAAAGCUGGAACAUAUUUAAAAUUAUCAUUCCAUAAAGAUAUUAGUUUACCACAAUCGAUCAUUAUUCAUUUUAUGAGUCCACCAGCUUUAAGUGAACGGUUUUUAGCUGAUAGUUCAGUUGUGCAGAGAGUAUCUCUUUAUCAAAAAGACGUUUCUGUUUAUUGGUCAAACGCUUUUAGUAUUGUAUUUGUUCAACUAAUGGAUAAAUAUUAUUUAGUUCUUGUUCAAGAUUCAUACAAUUCGUCUAUAAAAACAUAUAAUCAAAUCAUUCUGCCAUCAUAUCGUUGUAGACAUGUACGUGAAAUCUUGAACGAAACAAUUCUCUCAUUGCAUCCAUUUCGUCGUGUAAAAUAUUUUCAAAUUCCAUGUGAACAAUAUGCACCGGAUCUAAAUUGUUUUUAUGAUGAUACAUAUUUUUGUCUAUGCUAUAAUUUUACCAAUAAACGUUUGAGUAAUUGUUUUAAUUUUGAUAGUCGUACAUCAGUCAACUGUCAAGAUUUAAGUGAUUGUGAAAAUGGUGGAAAAUGCGUUCAAGAUGGCCUCAAAUGUCCGAAAAACUCAAUAUGUGUUUGUCCAAAAUGUUUUCAUGGAAGACGAUGCCAAUUCAAUUCACAUUUAUUUGGUUUAUCACUUGAUGCAAUUCUUGGUUACCAUAUACAACCUUAUGCUAAAUUAACAAGUCAACCAUUCAUUAUAAAUUUAAGUUUAAUAUUGACAAUGAUUAUAACAAUUUUAGGUAUAAUCAAUGGUAUUCUUUCUCUAAUGGUUUUUCAAAGUCGUGAAUUACGAAAAAGUGGUUGUGGUGUUUAUCUACUUGGAUCAUCAUUAACAACUUUAUUCACCAUAAUUAUAUUCUUAUUAAAAUUUAGUAUUUUCGUCCAUGCACAAAUGACCUAUGUGACGAAUUCAAUAUUUUUAAAUAUUCAAUGUUAUACAUUAGAUUUUUUUCUUCGCGUUGGUCUUUGUAUGGAUCAAUAUUUAAAUACAUGUGUUGCAUCUGAACGAGCUUUAACAGCAUUUCAAGGUGUUCGUUUUAAUAAGGAAAAAAGUCAACGAAUGGCAAAAUAUAUAAUAAUCCUACUUCUUUUUUGGACAAUUACUACAGCAAUACAUGAUCCUAUACAUCGACGAAUAUUACAUGAUAAUGAUGAUGAUGCAGUAGAAGAUAAUGAGAAGCGUAUUUGGUGUAUUGCAAGUUAUUCAUCAAAAUUUCGUAUAUUUAAUUCAAUUAUAAAUUUAAUUCAUUUUUUUGUUCCAUUUGCUCUUAAUUUAAUAUCAGCUUUGGUUAUUAUUUUUUUCACGAGUCAAAAACGAAAAAAAGCUCAAAAAAAAAUCACAUAUCGACAAAUUUUAAAAGAACAAAUUCGAGACCAUCUUCAUCUACUUAUUGCACCUCUUGCUUUAGUUCUCUUAGCGUUUCCACGUUUAAUUCUCUCAUUUAUAGCGGCUUGUAUGAAUUCAUCUUAUGAUGCUUGGCUACCUUUAAUUGGAUAUUUUAUUUCAUGUAUUCCUCCUCUGCUUACUUUCAUUAUAUUUGUUAUGCCAUCCAAACUCUAUAUGGGCGAAUUUCAAAAGAGAAGUACACAAAUUCAAACCCGAAUAAGAUCAUGUUUUCUAUGA